AAUAACAAUAUAAUAAUAUAAUAAUAAAAUUCCGCGCGUGCAAAUUAUUUUCCAGUCUCGAAAUUUCUGUGAACAGCUUUUUUGUUUUUCUGUUUUUUCGAGGCCUGAAAUUCUCCGUUCCGUCGUAGUUUCUUUCUCUUCAAGGUUUCUUUAGUUUUGGGAUUUUGGAUAAGUGUUUCGCUUUAUUAAUAUCCAAUUUUGAGUUUUAAGAUUAGCUGUUGUUGGAAUAAAGUAUGAUCUUAUGCUACUAGUGACGCCCUGCAAGCUAUUGACUUCACUCCCACAAUGUAUCUUUCUGGUUCUUUGCAAUUGUCCCAUGAUUUGGGACUUUGCAGGAACCAGGGAUGUAAUAAAAAGUUUAAGGGUGUAUUGGGAAGGCAGCGGUUGAAUUUAUUGAGCGACACCCUCUCAUCUAGCACUUCGUUCCAGCAGCAGGAUUCUUGGAGAAUUCGGCUCUCCAACAGUUUGUACAGGCCAAUACAUUCAGUUCCAUACAGAAACAAUGCCUUUAAGAGUCAUGCUUUUCAAGUACCAGGCAAAGUAUUUGAACUUCCUGUGGUAAAAGCUGCCUCUAUUGCAUUGAAAAGGUCAUAUAAUAUUUUACAAGAUAGUCCUCUUGUAUUUAAGUUGGCUCCAGCAGUUGGCAUUAUUAUUUUUGCCGUAUGUGGUGUUGUGCCACUUAUGCAACAUGGUAGAAGCUUACUUCUUCAUAGGAGUGAUAAUAGCUGGAAGAAGAGCAGAACCCAUUACGUUACAACUUCUUAUAUUCAACCUUUGCUGCUGUGGACUGGUGCAAUCCUCAUAUGCAGAACAUUGGAUCCAUUGGUUCUCCCUACAGAAGCCAGCCAAUUGGUUAAGCAACGGCUUUUGAAUUUUGUACAAUCAUUGUCGACUGUGCUGGCCUUUGCAUAUUGCUUAUCGAGCACGAUUCAGCAAACGCAGAAAUUCUUCAUGGAGACAAGUGAGAUCAGCGAUACGAGAAAUAUGGGUUUCCAGUUUGCAGGGAAAGCACUAUAUUCUGCAGUUUGGGUUGCUGCUGUGUCAUUGUUCAUGGAGUUGUUGGGCUUCUCUACUCAGAGGUGGCUCACUGCUGGAGGUCUAGGGACAGUUUUGCUGACUCUUGCUGGCCGUGAGAUAUUCACAAAUUUUCUCUCAAGUGCAAUGAUUCAUGCGACUCGACCUUUUGUCGUGAAUGAAUGGAUUCAAACAAAGAUAGAGGGAUAUGAAGUUUCUGGUACUGUUGAGCAUGUUGGUUGGUGGUCACCAACAAUAAUAAGAGGGGAGGAUCGUGAAGCAGUUCACAUUCCAAACCACAAAUUUACAGUAAAUGUUGUGAGAAAUCUCAGUCAGAAAACUCAUUGGCGCAUUAAAACUCACCUGGCCAUCAGUCACUUGGAUGUCCAUAAGAUUAAUAAUAUUGUUGCCGACAUGCGCAAGGUAUUGGCUAAGAAUCCUCAGGUUGAGCAGCAGAGAUUACACAGAAGAGUAUUUCUGGAGAAUGUCAGCCCCGAAAAUCAGGCUCUUUUGAUAUUGGUGUCCUGUUUUGUGAAGACUUCCCACCUUGAAGAAUACCUAUGUGUCAAGGAAGCUAUACUUUUAGAUCUCCUUAGAGUCAUCAGCCAUCACCGUGCCCGACUUGCCACACCAAUUCGAACUGUGCAGAAAGUAGUUGGUGAUUCUGAGUUGGAAAAUGUACCAUUCGCAGACUCAAUCUAUAACCAUGGUGGAGUGUCAUCUAACAGGCCUCUGUUACUGAUCGAACCUGCUUACAAGAUCAAUGGUGAGGAUAGAACAAAAGGCCGGUCUGCACAACCAACCGGAGAACAAGACAGUAAAACCACAGUACGGCCUGCUGCAGACAACAAGGCCGGAGCAACACCAAAGCCUGAUUCCAAAUCCAAAGCAGAUGCCAAGGUUGGAGAAAGCCCAAAUUCUGAAACCAAAGCCUCUAAUGCUUCUUUUGAACCAACAUCACAUCCCAAGACAGAUGAUAAAGUUAAACCACCAUCAAAAUCAACCCAGAAGACGAGUUCUAAUGCUGCAGAAACAUCUAGUCCCGACCAAAAGGUUCUGGAUAACAAAAGAGUUUCCGACAAGCAACAGAAAGUUGCUAGGCCUUCUGUUUCCACAACGGAAAGUGGGAUUGACAAAGCAGGUGGAUUACGAGAACCGUUUCAAUCAAAACCGGAAGGCGAGAAGUUGCCAGUCUCUGCCUUAGAGGAAAACAUAGUUCUCGGUGUUGCAUUAGAGGGCUCGAAGAGAACACUACCUAUCGAUGAUGAGAUGACUCCGCGCACAUCAGAAGCAAAAGAGUUGGCUUCCACAAGCCGAAAUGGAACCGGAUCAAGUGCUGAAGACAAGAAAGGCGGUCAGAUCUGGCCCACAUCUGGUAACCCCGAUGAUCAGUGAUAUAUUGAAAGCUAACUACUAAUCCCCAGAGCUCACAACUUGCAUUUGAUGGACACUUGACACUUCCACUGAGGCUUUCUUUCAUUAAGCUGCCCCCAUACAUGUAUAUCUUCACUCUUUUAUUAUUACUCUUAAAAUGUAUUAAAAUGUAGCAUGUUUUAUCUUGAAAGUUAUGGUUAAAUAUGUCAUUUGCUCCAAGUUAUUUAUGUAAAAAAUUAUGUAACUUAAUGCAUAUAAUAUGAUUAGAAUUGUUAAA